AUGAGAACGACCACUACUGCAGCUAUGGAGACUCUCUCGAACUUACCGCCACUACACCUAGUAGUUAGGGCGGAGGCGCUCAGAGGGGCAUACCGGCUGAGAGUCAAUGGCGAGGAGAGAUCGUCAAGGGUGGGACACUCGCUCAUCUUUGAUGAAAUCUCCAGGCAUAAAACCCUCGGUAUGAUAUCCGAGAGAAUAACCAAAACAGUUUGUCUCACAAAACUGUUUAAGACGGCAAUCCCCACUCGAUCCGACUGGGAGGACAAUUCCAGUAAGAUAAAACUGAAUGGAAUCGUAUAUUACACAGAUGGCUCGAAAACUAAGGAGGGCACUGGCUGUGGAGUGUACGGAAGCAAUGGACAGGGCUGCAGAAUCUCUGUAAGCCUAGGACAAAAAGCAACCGUGCUUCAGGCUGAAGUAUAUGCAAUCUUGACUGCAGCUUCUCGACUAUUAAAAGAGAACUUUAACAGAAAGAAAAUCUUUAUAGUUACAGACAGCAAAGCAGCGAUUGCAGCAUUAAACUCAUAUGUAGUAGAUUCAGGACUAGUCCUUGAAUGCACUGAAGUGCUAAACGCACUAGGCAGACUUAAUACAGUAACGCUAGUGUGGGCACCUGGGCAUGCGGGAAUCGCAGGUAACCAGGUCGCUGACGAACUUGCGAGAGCGGCAAGCGCGAUACCACUCGUAGGACCCGAACCGGCCUGUGGGAUUACAUAUAACACAGCCAAAAAGGAGAUACAAGCGAAACUCACAAAAGAGCAUUGCAGACAUUGGUCGGAAAUUCCGGGACAGAGUCACUCCAAGAUCUUUCUGGAAACCCCAAACGAGGGGCUAGCAUCAUCCAUCUUAAAGUUAAGUAGGAUGAAGAUCAAACUUGCAACAGAGAUGGCCACAGGCCAUUGUUGUUUGAACAAGCACCUGCACAACAUGGGACUGACUGACAGCCCUCUAUGCAGGGGCUGUGGUGAGGAAAGUGAAACACCACACCACGUUAUCUGCCUAUGUGAAGCAUACACAAAAGCAAGAGAACGCCUACUUGGAAACGAGAAGAUUACACAAGAAGAGGUAGUGAAGAUCCACCCUACCAAAAUCCUGGACUUUAUCAAAGAUACAGGUAUUCUUGAGGGGUAG